UUAAGCUAGCUAGUCUACCGGUCACUAGCUAGCUAGAUACUCCAGCUAGAUUGGUUAGUGCAAUGUACGUAGUGCAUUGCAUGUGUUGAUUGGUCGUGUACGUGUUGUACUCUGCACGGGUGUGAUUUGGCUGGUGAUCAUUAGGUCGUUGAUGGAGCAAGCGAGCUUGUGCGGGAGGCGGCCGCGGGCGGAGACGCGCCACCCGGUGUACCGCGGCGUGCGGUUCAGGGCGGGGAAGUGGGUGUCGGAGAUCCGGGAGCUGCGCAAGCCCACCAGGAUCUGGCUCGGCACCUACCCGACGCCCGAGAUGGCCGCCGCCGCCUACGACGCCGCCGCAUUGGCGCUGCGGGGCGCGGGCACGGCGCUCAACUUCCCGGACGCGGCCGGGUCGCGCCCGGCACCGGCGUCCAUGUCCCCUGACGACGUCCGAGCCGCAGCGGCAGCGGCCGCCGCGUCUGCCACGGCCAGCUCAUGGACGACGACUUAUCGGAGCGACCAAUACUGCCAUCACGAUGUUCAGUUGCGUGGCGGCGAGGAGGACCGCCGCAGUGACCACAUAAUGGGCGUCGUGGACGAGGACGACGUGUUCGAGAUGCCGCGGCUGAUGGUGAGCAUGGCAGAAGGGCUCAUGAUAAACCCGCCGAUGCUGGGUCCAGCGGCGGCGGACGGUGGCACGGCGACGUCGUACUACACGGAGGUUGAGGUUGAGGAUGAGAAUUGUGUGAGCUUGUGGGAUCACUCUUGAUUGAUCGAUCACGUAGCUGGAGGUAGUGGA